AGCCAUGAAUUCAGGAAAUUGUGGCUGGUCAUGCAAUGAGACAGUUCUGCUCCUUAUCACUGUCCUGCCAGAUUUGUAACUGCAGAGUCCAUGCUCAGCCGAGAGCCUAACGUAAAAAGAGGCCCAUCUGACCCUUCUGUUGUAUGGCAAUGUGGCAAGCUGUCAUCCUCACACUCCUGCUCCUCAAGGGAUAUCAGGGCCAAGAAUGCUCAAAUUCUCUUGAUCCUGUGAUUGGCCUCUCGGGACAGCCUGUCUUAAUAUGGCCUCCAAACACACAGACGGAGUUAUACUCAGUUGAAUGGAAGAUGGAGCUGCGCUCACAGAGAACCUCGACGCUGAUACUGCGUUGGAAUAAUCAAAGUGAACACUGUUCCUCUAUCUCAGAGCGUUUAAACUGUGCAUUUGUUUUUGAGUGUGGGAACCUGAGUCUUAACAUCAAGCCAGCUAAGCCACAGUGCAGUGGUCUCUACAAACUAGCGAUGACCAGUAACAAUGGGGACGUUUCCUGUAUCCAAUUCAAUGUCUCCAUAUUUGAUCAUGUAGAGAAGCCUUACCUGCAGAUAGUGAGGAAGAUCAUCAACGAAGGAAAAUGUCAAAUGGAUCUGUACUGUUUAGUCUCCAGGAAUGACAAUGUGAACUAUUCUUGGUACAAUGGGAGUGAACUGAUCUUGACACCGAGGAACUGUUCUCAUCUGGAGGUACAGAUUGAUGCCCAUAAGCUGAACACAUAUACCUGCAACAUCAGCAACCCUGCCAGCUGGGCUAGUGCAAGCCUCAACCUCACCUUCACCCAGGACUGUCUGGAACCCAGGUUUUUACCCUUUUGGAUAGUAAUCGUGAUUCUAGGUGUACUGUUUCUUGGCACCCUGAUUUGCUUCUGUGUGUGGAUGAGGAAGAGGAAGAGAAAGCAGUCACGGUCUAGCCCACAGGAAUUUCUGACAGUGUAUGAAGAUAUCCAGGAAAUUAAGAGGAAUCAAUGUUCUGCUUCCGAGUCACAAUCCCAAGGAAAUGCUGCUACUUUGUAUUCAGUAAUACAGGUUUCCCAGGCUAGACUCAAGAAGAACCAAGAUCCUUCUUGCAGUUCCACCAUCUAUGAACAGGUUGGAAGGAGACCACUCAAGGCCUGUAACCCUGCCCGAUUGAGUCGCAAAGAGCUGGAGACCUUUGAAAUUCAUUUCUAGUUGCUAUAGCUGUCCUCAUUUCUCUUCCACAUAAAUGUCUGCCUCGGGAAUCAGCACAACAGAUGAUGCUGCCUGAGUCUGUGAACCAGUUCUUGGUCUGCAAAGGGUACUGAAGUUCAUCACAUCCUCUAUUUUGUUUUGAAAAUGAUUUUGGACAGCCAUUACAAAAGCAAGGCUGUAAAAUAGUAUCUUUCACUUUCAGACCAGACAAGAAUGCGUGAAGAACUUGGGUGGACUACAUUCUGAGCAUUUGUAAUUUCUAAAGUGUUCUGUAAGUGUAGAUGCCCAUGCCCUAGCUUUCUAACAUGUUACUUGUUUUCCCUCCUUGCUGACUUGGAAUGAGUGCAUUUCUAGAUGUUCCUCUUGCCAAAGCCCAGCUUCCAAAGCAAGAGCAAAGAAAACCGAUAGUGACUUGGAGGCUAUGAGCUGGUGGGUUCUCACAGUAGGGACUUUACUCAACUGCAAGGGGAAAACUUCCCACCCUGAUCUCAUGUGUUGAUCUGGCCAGUUGGUCACAAGAGUAAGUUGGAGGAGGAAGAGUAGAUGGUGGUGCAAGUCAUGGUCAUUUUUGAAUGGUAAGAUCAUCCCAAGUCCAAGUCUACAGUGUCCUGUAACUGGAUGGUGAAACCAACUGUGUUCAUGGUAACGUGUUGGACUUCCAAAGGCUCAUUACUGAGUCUUGGGGACUGGCUAGGCUGGCUUCCUCCUAGAGAGAAUGAGGAGAGACUACAUUUAAAGCAAAUGAAUUUUUCAUUAAAGAGUAAGUUUGUCAGAGACUUAUCCUACUUCAGUUUUGCCAGAGGAUCCAACGAACAGAGGACCCAAGACAAUUUUGAGCCAAGGAAGAGGCAGUUGGAAACUGACUCUAUGCUGAGUUUGCUGCCCUUCAGGCCAGCUCCCUUAACAAGGCCUAGGGGAGCAUGAUUGAGACUGGCUGAACCCAGAAAGAGAAAAAGGGGGUGAUGGGGAAUUGGAAAGGGAUUAUUAGAGACUCCAACUGGUGAUAAUGUUGGGAGCUUGCUUCUUCAAUUGACCCCAUCCUGUACUGAACAUAAGCAUUUAAUUUAAAAAAAUAUUGGUGUUAUACAGAGGAUCUAUAAAUCUUUUGCCUAAAUUAAAUUUAUAUAUCUUCUCCGUA